AUGGAAGCCGAACAAGGGUUCAGUUUUCUGUCGGUUGCAGAGCAGGAAGAGCCACCGAUGGGCGCUUCCACGAAACUCGUUAUUUUGAUCUUGGCCUCUCAACGCCGCCUCCCCGGGGAGCACUCUCUCGGACGGCAUCCGGGUCGAUCUGACCCACGUCGACUCCGUUGGCACCUUCACCUGGCAGGAGAAGAUGCAGCGCGCGCUGAUGUGGGGCAGCCAGCGGAUGACCUCUGCUGGUCACCGCUGGCAGCGGUGAAUUCAUCGUCAAACUUGCCAUCGGCACCCCCCUCGUCCCCUUCCCGGCGAUCAUCGACACCGGCAGCGACCUUAUAUGGACGCAGUGUCAGCCCUGUGCCGACUGCUACCGGCAGGGGACGGCCAUAUUCAACCCCUCGGCCUCCAGGACCUACGUCAGCCUUCCCUGCUCCAGUAAACUCUGCCGGGCCCUCCCGGUCUCCGACUGCCGCUCUGGCUGCGAGUACAUUUACUCUUACGGGGACUACUCCUCCACUCAGGGAGUUCUUGCCACAGAGACAUUCACCAUGGGGGAAGGAGUCCUCGUCCCCCGCGUCGGCUUUGGGUGCGGCGUUUCCAACCAGGGGGAGGGGUUCCAGCAGGCGGCCGGCCUCGUCGGGCUCGGCAGGGGUCCACUCUCCCUUGUUUCUCAGUUGCGUAUUGGCAGAUUCUCCUACUGCCUCACCAGGCUCGACGAGACAAAGACGAGCCCUCUCUUCCUGGGCUCCCUCGCCAGUUUAGACAUCAGUGCUGAAGCAAAGUCAACGCCAUUUCUCCGAAACCCAAAUCAGCCAACCUUCUACUACCUCUCGUUGAAGGGCAUCACAGUGGGAGCAAGAGCCCUCAAGAUCCGGGUCACCACCUUCGCCCUCAACGACGAUGGCACCGGGGGGCUCAUCAUAGACUCGGGGACCUCCAUCACCUACCUGGAGUUCGAAGGCUACAGGCUGCUGAAGCAGGCGCUUCUAUCGCAGGUGAAUCUCCCACUCGGAGAUGGCUCGUCCGUCGGGCUCGAUCUAUGCUUCCAGGUACCAGUGGGCGCAUCGCCGGCGGCGCUUGAGCUGCCAAAGAUAAUAUUCCACUUCCACGGGCGGACCUAGAGUUGUCGCCGGAGAACUACAUGGCGGCGGACGCGAGCUCCGGGCAGUUGUGUGGUAAGAUGAUGGGGUCAAGCGGGAUCUCCAUCCUUGGCAACUUCCAGCAGCAGGGUUUCCACAUGCUCUAUGAUCCAGAGGGAGAUAAUUUGUCUUUCCAACAGACGCGGUGCGAUCAGCUAUGA